GUGAAUUUUUUUUUAAAUAUGUUCUUCCAACAAAAACAACAACGUAAAUUUUAUUGUACGUCAUUAGUUAUACCAUUAUCAUUACUCUUAAAGUCUUCCGCUAAUUCUUUUUGUGAUUAAGUGCAUAAUAGUCAAUUGAAAGUGUAUUUCAACUCCAUACAGGGAUCUCAGUAUUCUUCAUUUUUAAACUUAGUUUUGGCAAUUACUUUUUUUUUUAUUACUUUAGUAUGAUUUCAGAUGAUUGGAAUUGUCAAUGUUUGUGCCACGAGUGUAGUCGUUUUCGUAGCGUGGAUGGGGCUGCUAUGCCACCAGAAAGAGUAUAUACGUCUCAUAAAGGAAGUGGCUCGUUUGGACAACCGUUUCCAAAAACUUGGAGUCAAAAUACAAUACGAAAGAUUAAAAAAAGCGAUACGCGUCCAAUGUGUCGUUCGCAUGUUAUUUCUAAUCACCGCAAUCGGAACACACAUCGCCAUGUGUCUUAAUCGGCAUACUUACGUCGACAAUACCAUCGAUUACAUAGCUUUCGUAAUCAAUAGUUCGAUUUGUAUGCAAGUAUGUACUUUUGGGCUACUAUUAAGGGAUCGUUUUGCGAUCCUGAAUAAUAUCCUGAAGGAAAUCAAAGAUUCGCAGAGCAAUGGACGUGGUGGCUACAUCAAAAUUGUAGAUAACAUUGUAAAUAACAAAUCAAUUGGAAUCGAUUUCUAUUUCAUGAAAAUGGUAAUGCGUAUGCAUUUCGAUCUUAGUAACGUAGUAAAGCGAAUUAAUAAUAUUUUCGGAGCUUCGUUACUGGCACUGUUUCUAGUUAGCUUCCAAACUUCUCUAUUUGGUUUCUACUUUAAUGAUUGUGCCGCAAGUCAUUUCGAUCUUUUACAACUUCCUGCUGCUGCCCAAUUGACUAUUGUUUCGAUGGUAUUUACGUUGGAUGCUGCCUAUCUCUUUUAUAUUUGUACCACCACAUGCAACGAGGCCAGAAAAAGCGGAGCAAUAAUUUACCAGUUUCAGAGACAAGAUGAUUUAAGACAGCAAAUCGACAUGUUCUCUUUGCAAAUGAUUCAUACUAAAGUGGAAUUUAAUGCUGCUGGCCUAUUAGCCAUCAACUAUGCUUCAGUAUUUUCAAUGUUGGGAGCAUUUACAAUGAAUUUGAUUAUACUUAUACAAUUUUCUACUGAAAAGCAAUAUGCACUAUGUCUAGAGGUACCUUUAGAGAAUUAUAAAUAAACUAUACCUAAUCAAAAGAAGAAAGAACACUAGUAGUAGAGUAAACUAACAAACAAGAACUUUUACAUCACUUAACUACAACAAUUUA